GGUACAUAUUUGUGUGACUAGCCCAAGCUGCUGUCUAUGUUACCACGGCCACAUGGCUAUUUUAGCACGCUAGCUUGAGCAGAGCUUGUGCUGUCUGUUUACCUGCAUUGGGAAGCAUGUCCCCAGCUGCCGUGUUGACACAUCCUGUAUCACAAGCUAAUUACCCCCACCCUCCCUUAGUUUCCCUCCACGAGCACAGUCCAAAAGGAUCUUGGCAGUGAAAUUCACCCCAGUGCAGAAGGAGCACCUUAUAGAAAACACAGAAGAGGAACAGAACACUGUAAGAUGUUUUCUCCUUUCACAGCUUAUCGAUAAAAAAUGAGAUUUUUGUUUUGUGCAUCUGUGUUUGAGCACUGAGAAAACUGAGAGAAAUAAAUCAAACAAAGGCCUCCAGAUCUACUUUGUAGCUUUCUGGCUAAUGUUUUUCCCCUGAUACUGGUGAUGGAAAACCAAAGCAGAAUCAGUGACCUGCUUCAAAGUGCACUUGACGAUCUUCUUGAGGAAGACUUCAAAAGAUUUAAAGACAAACUAUCACAUUCUGGCUUUAAGGGAAAAGGUACCAUCCCCCGAGGUCGGCUGGAGAAGGCUGACAGGAUAGAUACUAAGAACAUUCUGAUGGCAGUCUAUGGUGGAGAUGCUGCAGUUGAUGUAACCAUAGAAAUUUUAGCUAAGAUCAAUGUCAGAGGGUCUGCUGCUAACCUCAAAAAAGACAGAGAGAAAGUUUCGCCACAGGAAAAGGUGAAAACAUCAAAAAUUGAAGAAGAAACAAGAGGGAAUGACAGACAAGGGGAUCUGGGACCCUGUGCAGAGAUACAUCACGCCAAGGAGCAGGGAGUUGAUAAUUUGUCUCUGAAAGGCUUUGAUUAUCAGAAAAAAUAUAGAGAACAUAUACAAGAAGAAUACCAAGUAAUAGAAGAUAAGAAUGCUCGCAUGGGUGAACAUGUAAGUCUAGACAAAAGAUACACAGAACUGCUUAUUGUAAAGGAACAUCGGCAGCGGGAGGAGAAAGAACAUGAAAUAAUCACCAGAGGAAGGAAACACACAGAACUGAUGGCUCACCAGACCAGUCUCACUAAGAUUAAUGUUUUAUUUGACCCUAGUAGAAAUCAACAAAACCCAAAAACUGUUGUGCUGCAGGGAGCUGCUGGAAUUGGGAAAACAAUGACCGCAAGAAAGAUCAUGUUGGACUGGGCAGCUGGAAAACUCUAUCAGAAAAAGUUUGAUUAUGUUUUCUAUAUAAAUUGUAGAAAGAUAAAUCAUGUUACUGAAGAGCAAAGUGUUGCUGAUUUGGUUUUAGACAAUUGUCCUAAUGGAGAAGGACCAAUUAAAGAAAUCUUCGAGAAGCCAGAAAAACUCCUAUUCCUAAUAGAUGGUUUUGAUGAAUUGAGUUCUUUGCUAGACAUUGAAGUUAGACUGUGCACUGACCCAUUUGAGAAGAAGCCAGUGAAAACUGUACUGCGCAGCUUAUUGAGAAAGAAAGUUCUUCAAAAAUCCUUCUUACUGAUCACUACAAGACCAACUGCUCUGGAGAAACUAAAGGAGAAUUUGAAAUUUCCAUGUUAUGCAGAGAUAAUGGGAUUUUCUGGAGAAGAAAGGAAAGAAUAUUUCUAUAAAUUCUUUUGUGAUGAAAAGAAAGCAACACAAGCCUUUAAUUUUGUCAAAGAAAAUGAAAUGCUCUUCACCAUGUGCUUUGUCCCCAUUGUGUGUUGGAUCAUCUGCACGGUUAUGAAGCAACAGAUGGAAAAAAGGGAAGAUCUUUCACAAACUUCAAAAACAACCACCUCGGUAUAUUUGCUCUUUCUGUCCACUCUGCUAACUGAUCAUUUUGUUGACUCAAUACAGCAGCCUAAAACUACUCUGUGGAACCUUUGCUCGUUGGCUGCAGAUGGAAUUUUAGAACGAAAAAUACUGUUUGAAGAAGGUGACCUGAAGAAACACAAUUUAUCUUUGUCUAAGAUUCAGUCUCUCUUUCUGAAUAAAAAUAUUUUUCAGAAAGAUACAGAAUGUGAAAGUGUCUACAGCUUCAUUCACUUGAGUUUCCAAGAGUUUUUUGCAGCUCUCUUCUAUGUGCUAGAGGAAGAUGAAGAGACAAUGACACAAUCUUUGUCUUCUAAGAAAGAUGUGAACAACUUGCUAAAAAUUUAUGGACCAUCUAAAAAUAAUUAUUUGAUGUUAACAGUACGUUUCUUGUUUGGUCUCUUAAAUAAAGAGAGACGAAAUGACAUAGAGAAAAUGUUAAAUUUUAAAACAUCUAAAAUAAAGCUGGAUUUGUUGAAGUGGUUUGAAGCAGAAGCUAAAAACAUCUCCCUUCUGCCUUACAAGACCUAUGGGGAACUACGUGACCAGUUUGAGUUGUUUCACUGUUUGUAUGAGAGUCAGGAAGAAGAGUUUGUGAAAAGCGCAAUGGAUAAUUUCCAAGAAAUUAGAUUGGAACACAUCAGGCUUACAACAAUGGAUGAAAUUGCUCUUUCAUUUUGUGUAAAGAACUGUUGUAGUAAGCAGUCACUUUACCUGUGUAAUUGUACUCUUGGGAUUGGAGAACGAGAAGAAGGAUGGAUAGCAAAGCUACGGAAAUGGUUAUUUCCUCUGAACCCACUGAUGAAAGAUCCAAGAACUUCAGCUGCAUACGCAUUGUUGCAAGGACUGAAGGAUCCAAACUGUAAACUAAAGACCAUAUCCUUGUCCAGCUGCAAACUCUCAUCUGCUUUCCCUGAGGACCUCUCCCCUAAGACUCUCUUUACAAACCAGUCCCUGGAAAAGCUGGAUCUGAGUGCUAACACACUGGGAGACUCAGGACUGAAACAUCUGUGUGAGGGACUGAAACAUCCACACUGUAAACUGCAGACACUGCUGUUGUGGCAGUGCUGUCUCACAGCUGCUUGCUGUGGGGAUCUCUCUGCUGCCCUCAGUACAAACCAGUCCCUGACCGAGCUGGAGCUGAGUGGGAAUAAACUGGGAGAUUCAGGAAUUAAACUUCUGUGUGAAGGACUGAAACAUCCCAGCUGUAAACUGCAGAAAUUAGUGGUUUGGGAUUGCCAUCUGACUGAUGCUUGCUGUGGAGAUCUCUCCUCUCUUCUCAGCUCAAACCAGUCCCUGAGAGAAUUGAACCUGAGUGGUAAUAAGCUGAGUUAUUCAGGAGUGAAGCUUUUGUGUGAAGGACUGAAACAUCCAAACUGCAAGUUAGAGAAGCUUGAGUAA